AUGGGUGCACCAUGGAGGAGUUUGGCCGAGGCCGCGGCUGUCGCCGUCUCGGGUGACGUUCUGCGCCUGGCCGGGGGCCUGUAUGACGGCAUAGACAACAGAGGCAUAGAACUGGCCGUCAACAUCACCCUCACCGGCCCGCCACCAUCUCCGCUAUGUCCAGACUCGGUCUUUACCGCUCUGGCAGAGGCCCUGGUCGCCAGGGCGCCGAACCGACCGGUUGCCCUCGCCGUACCGCCGAGCGGGCAAUUUCACGGCUCGUGGGCAGAGCCGGGUGACGGCAGCGCGCCUGCCUUUGCUUCCCGCCACCUAGAGUUCCCGCCAAGUGGCGCAGAGAUCCCGUUGCCGAGCGUUACAGACGUCAUGGCCGCAGUAGGUAUUGAUGCCUCGUGCGUCCCCAUUCUUGACGGCGGCGGCGUCACCCGCGUGCUUGCCUUCAGCCUCGACUCGACUUCGUCCGACCCGCAGUCGUCGUGGGUCCAUGUCGGUCUCCACAGGCUUGUCAUCUCGGACGGCUCGGCUGAAAGCCGUGGCGGGGCGCUGUACAUCGGAAAGGCGACGGUCGCUGACCUUACGGACGUUGUCCUCUAUAACUCGACCGCGGGAAACCUCGGCGGAGGCGCGUACAUUGGCUCGCGAGUCGGCACAGUCCGCGGGCUCUCUGCUGUGUGGUGCACAGCUGAGCGCGGCGGAGGACUCGGAAUCGGAUUUAUGGGUCGCCCUGUGGUGCUCUCACAACUGUUGGUAGCGUACAACGCUGCUGCCACCGUCGGCGGUGGGCUGUUCUCGGUCUGCACCACGCUCCAACUGGAAGACGCGACGCUGAUCGGCAACUUGGCAACGGUCGGCGGUGGCAUGUUCGCCAACCAGGCUCACACCUAUCCGUUUGAAGUGGCCGUCGCUGUUCUCGACUCGCGGUUUGAGCGCAACAUCGCCCGUCUUGCCGGUGGCGGGCUGGUUGUCUCGGACGAGGCUGCCCACGACUCGGCGUCGACCGCAAGUCUCCUCCGAGUGGUGUUUGUCAACAACCGGGUGGAAGGCCCAAUGAGCGAGGAUGAGGAGGCCGAGAUGAAUGGAAUGGCCAUUCUCGGCCUCGACACAAACUUUGUGGGUGGCGGAGCACUGUUCGGCCUCUCGGUCUCGCACCUGGAUGUGAGCGCGUCCACCUUUGAGAGCAACAGCGCUACGUCUCACACUUCUUCGAUUGCGUUUGGUGGGGCUGUCGUCCUCAAGUCGACGCAAGGCGCCCGUUUCUCGUCGGUCGAGCUGGCCUCAAACUCGGUCCGCGGCGGCACGUUCUGCCGCCAAGGCGGCUCGUUUUCGCUCCACAAUUCCGUGGUUGUCUUUACCAACGUGACCGUCACCAACUCGCUGGCUGACCCGAUCCAUGCCCGCAUGACCUCGUCGGAGCACGAGUACCCGGGUGUAUCAUGGGGCGGCGCUUUGUACGCACAAUCCUCGGACGUCUCGAUCUCAGCGAGUGUCUUUGUUGACAACACCGCGCGGGGCUGGUCCGUCACCGCCGCUGGCGCUUUGUUCAUCGACCUCAAGACCCGGCUGGUUUUGACCGAUUCUAGACUCGAGAGGAACAGCGUUGUCUCGUACCAAACCGGCUUUGCCGAGCACGAGAGUCUGCUCCGCUCUGAUCCCGAGCUCUCGCCGACCAAAGUCUACAAGGCUGCGCUUGUGCAGAUGAUGAAGGCGACCAAGGACCACGGGCUCUGCACAGGUGGCGCCAUCCACGCCCGCGGUGAUGCCAACCUGGAUAUCUCGCGCUGUGUGCUCUCUGGCAAUGCAGCACUUACUUCUGGUGGCGCCAUCGAUGCACUCCUCACCCGACGCAUUGUGCUCACCGAUGUGACUAUGGAGCACAACCGCGCGCUGGCUGGCGGUGCGGUGGCGCUCUCGUCGUCCACGAUCUCGCUCACAUCUUGUCUGCUGAAGCAAAAUACGGCGUGGCUCCGCGGCGGUGGCAUGUAUGGCGACGCCUCGUCGCACAUCACCGUCACGACGUCGCGGAUCGAGACGAACGGUGCGGCUUUCGGCGGCGCCAUCCACGCACUCCCGCCGGGAAGCGUCCACAUUUCGGGCAACACACUUCAGCUCGGCAACGAGCCGGUCUUCUGCGAGCCGUACGGCAUCGAGCCUGUCGGUGUGCUCCCGGACACCGCGACGCCGUCAUCAUACCUCCACCCGCGGCCGACCUUCCGCAUCGUCGAUUUGCUGGGCCGGACUGUCGCCCACGACGACGAGACCUCGCUGGUCAUCAUCCCGAGGGAAUCCAUGUCAGGCACGGGUGCGCUCUCGCGAUCGUCGUCGGUCUUCCUCGCUAACAACAUUGCCGCCGCUACCUCGGGUGUGGCGCACUUUAGCGACGUCACCAUCGAAGGUCGGGUAGGCUCUGUCGCCGAGCUCGUGGCCGUUGCACCCGAGCUCGAGACUCGGACCGCGUUUUUCUUUGACGUCAACCUCACCUCAUGCUUGCCAGGCUUCCACCAUGUUGGCAGCUCUGAGUGCCAGGCGUGCCCGUCGGGGAGUUACAAUCUCGACGGCGGUGAGUGCAAGCCAUGUCCUGCGCAUGCGCAGUGCCUGGGUGGCAACACGCUUGUUACACCGAUUCCAGGCUGGUGGCGGGCGUCACCUUCCUCUGUCUCGAUGUUUCGGUGCUUCCCGGGCGCGUGCGCCGGCGGUGACAGUUGUGCAGACGAUCGUGUUCCGUCAUCGAGGCUGUGCGGCACUUGCAUCGACACCUUUAGUCACUUUGGCAACUUGUGCACCAAGUGCCUUUUCUCCCCCGUGGUCUCAGCAAGUGUGGCUGCGCUCAGCUGUGUUGCCUUUGCAGUAUUCUCCACCGCGCUCCGUGGCUCGCGCUCGCCGGCACUUGUUGUCUGCGUCCACACCUUCCAGGUCAUGCACAUCAUGAUGCUCGACACACAGGCCUUUGACAACUCGCGGUUUUUCUCGCUCCUCUCGUACCCGCGGCUCGCAGCGUGCAUUGGCGUCGGGGACUACUACCGAACGUUUGUGGCGCGAGUGAUCUUCAUGUCGAUGCCAGUCCUGCUCGCCCCGCUUCUCUAUGGUGUGGCACGCGGCCUCCAGCGCGUCACCUCGUGGCGGUGGCUGGCGAGCUUUGUCCACUGGCGUUACUUUGUGUUUGGCUGCGCCAACAUGCUGCUACUCCUCUACAUUCCGCUGGUCGACGGCGGGCUGUCGCACUUUUCGUGCCGCGAGGUCGGCUCGGUCUGGCUCCUCAACAGCAACGUCUCGGUCGAGUGCUUCACCGACUUGUGGUGGCGGUACGCCACUGUGGCGGGCAUAUUGGCUCUUUUUGUCGGCAUCGGUUGGCCGGUCCUCAUGUUGUGGCUCAUCUACCAGACAACCAUCUUGGACAAGACGCCUUCAUCAGCGUACGCCUGGCUCCGGCGGCCACCGUCCGAAGCCACGCUCGGGCUGAGCCUCCGCAACGCGUUUGGCGUCUUUUUUUCGCGAGACUUUGAAACGCCGUUCCGGCUCUGGCUAGUUGUGUGGCUGGCGCAAAAGCUGGUCCUUGUUAUCAUUUCGGUCUCGCUGCGGCAUGCGGACCUGGCCGUUACCCGCUCGUUUGUACUCUGCCUUGUCUCGCUCGGUAUGCUCCUCGUCCAGACCUUGUUGACCCCGUGGCGGACGACCCGGACCAACGCCAUGGUCCUGUUCUCGCUCGGCGCCCAGACGGUCGGCGCCAUAUUUGCCCUGGCGGCGUCUGCCGUCGAGGCCGACACUCUGUAUGCGCUAUUUGUCUCGGUCAUCGUCCUCGUCUUUUUGGUUGUAGGCGUCCUCGUCGCGCUACGCCUUGCUGUUGUCCUCCGCAGCCGGCCCAGCAUCCGUGACACUACUCUCAAUCCGCACGGCGUCUCUCAUCUCCCCGACCGGUCGGUUGGCGAGGCCACCGCGAGUGCUGGAGGCAUCAACGCUGGUGCCGAGCUUUCUGACGGUGGCGCCAAGCAUGUGGCAAUCUCGUUUUCGGCGUCGGCCAUGUUCGACUCGUCUCUCGGCCUACCCAACUUGGGCGUGUCUGGGCCGUUGUCGCAAGCAGCUGUCCAGACCAACCCCGCCUUGAUUGCAUCGCAGUCGGCUCGUGUAAUUCCGAGUCAGCAGCCGCCAGACGGCGGCAGCGGCUCGUUUGCCUCGUACUCGGGCUCUCCAAGCGCUGCCGCCGGAGGUGGCAGCAUGCUGCUUGAUUCAGGCCCCGGCAUCCACCUCGCGCCAGUCCCCGAGGUCCCGUUACACUCGAGCCUUGGCCCCUGCUCCACUUCGUCAAUCCAGUUUGGUUCGCUCAACGACCUAUUCACCUACGCGAGGCGGGCUGCUGCCGCCGAUGAGCCGACUCGAUCCGCCGCGGUGGCGUUGCUGCAGGCCACCGCCGCCGAUGCGCCUGUUCCGCUCGCCGAUCUUGCUGUCUUUGCCGACAGCCGUGCCGCUGCCGAUGCCGCCCUUAGCGCCUCGAACGUCCUGCACGAAGCCGCUCUUACCGUACCCGCUUCAGGAUCUGCUGGUCUCAUCACCUCCGACUCGUCGGAGAGGCUUGACGACUCAUCGUCGAACGCCGUCUCCACGGUCUGGCAAGUUGCGCGGUAUGUCCUCGCCGCCAACAAUCCAUCAGCGGCCUAG